GUGUCCCGGCCUCCAGCGGCGGCGGCAGUGACGGCGGCGGCGGCGGCGGGGGGAGCGGGAGCCACUGAGAUGAGGAGGCGCCGCGCGCGCCUGUAGCUCGCGGGCCUCGCAGUUUGUUUGCCUAAUCUGGACUUGAAGCAAUUCAGCUACUGGGAAUCUGCCAUUUAACAAUAUCACAAUUGGAAAGAAGCAGGUUUUCAAAUAAUGGAAGACUCUAAGACCUCUAAAAAUGAAAAUCAUGAACCAAAGAAGAAUGCUUGGGCUCUUUCUGAAGAAAGCAAAGCAGUUAAAGUUAUAUCUAAUCAGACUUUGAAAGCUAGAAAUGAUAAAUCCAUAAAAGAAAUUGGGACCAGCUCUCCAAAUAAGAAUAGUAGUAAAAAAAAUAAGCAAAAUGAUAUUUGUAUAGAAAAAACAGAAGUUAAAUCAUGUAGAAUCAAUGCUGCCAACAUAGCAAGCCCUAGAGAUUUGGGAUUAGUCCUUCGAGAUCAAAGUCACUGCAAAACAAAAAAAUCACCUAAUUCACCAGUGAAAGCAGAAAAGGUACCAGUUUCACAAGCAAAAGCAGAAAAAUCACCAAAGUCCCCUAAUUCACCAGUGAAAACAGAAAAGACACCCAGCUCACAGGCGACAGCAACAGAAAAGGCACUUAGUUCACAGAGGAAAAUGGAAAAAGGACCCAGUUCUCAGAUGAAAUCAGAAAAGGUCCCUGGUUCACCAGCAGAACCAGAGAAGGCUCCCAGUUUACUGUUGAAGGAAAACAUGCGACGGACAGAAUUACAACAUAUUGGAAAAACAAUUCCAAGCUCUUUUACGACUUUGGACAAAGUGAAUAUUGAUGUAGAGGGAGGAAAAUCUGCUUUGGGAAACUCACCAGGAUCUCAGAAGCAACAAGCAUGUACAGAUAAUACUGUUGAUUCUGAUGAUAGUGCUUCAGGAAUUGAAGACAUAUCGGAUGAUUUGAGUAAAAUGAAGAAUGAUGACUCUAAUAAAGAAAAUUCUUCAGAGAUGGACUAUUUAGAAAAUGCUACUGUGAUAGAUGAAUCUGCAUUGACACCUGAGCAGAGGCUAGGCUUGAAACAAGCAGAAGAACGCUUAGAAAGAGAUCACAUCUUUCGACUUGAAAAACGCUCACCAGAAUAUACCAAUUGCCGAUAUCUAUGCAAACUUUGCUUAAUUCACAUUGAAAACAUCCAGGGAGCUCAUAAACAUAUAAAGGAGAAACGACAUAAGAAAAAUAUUUUGGAAAAACAGGAAGAAAGUGAGCUUCGUUCUCUGCCACCUCCUACCCCUGCCCACCUGGCUGCUUUAAGUGUUGCAGUUAUUGAAUUAGCAAAAGAACAUGGAAUAACAGAUGAUGACCUCAGAGUCCGUCAGGAAAUUGUUGAGGAAAUGUCAAAGGUGAUAACAACAUUUUUACCAGAGUGUUCACUUAGGUUGUAUGGCUCAUCUCUGACUAAGUUUGCUCUGAAAAAUAGUGAUGUUAAUAUAGAUAUAAAAUUUCCUCCCAGGAUGAAUCAUCCAGAUCUACUGAUACAAGUGCUUGGGAUUUUAAAAAAAAGUGUAUUAUAUAUAGAUGUGGAAUCUGAUUUUCACGCCAAAGUUCCUGUUGUGGUGUGCAAAGAUCGGAAAAGUGGUUUGCUUUGUAGAGUGAGUGCAGGAAAUGAUAUGGCAUGCCUCACUACUGAUUUACUUGCUGCUCUUGGCAAGUUGGAACCUGUCUUUACUCCCUUGGUGUUAGCCUUUCGCUACUGGGCUAAGUUAUGCUAUAUUGACUCCCAAACUGAUGGUGGAAUCCCUUCUUACUGUUUUGCUUUAAUGGUGAUGUUUUUUCUACAACAAAGAAAACCCCCUCUUCUUCCUUGCUUACUUGGAAGUUGGAUUGAAGGCUUUGACCCAAAAAGAAUGGAUGACUUUCAGCUGAAGGGCAUAGUAGAAGAGAAGUUUGUGAAGUGGGAAUAUAAUUCAAGUAGUGCAACUGAGAAAAACUCAAUUGCUGAGGAAAACAAAGCUAAGGCAGACCAACCAAAAGAUGAUACCAAGAAGACAGAAACAGACAACCAAAGUAAUGCCAUGAAGGAAAAACAUGGCAAAUCUCCUUUAACAUUGGGAACACCAAAUCAGGUAUCCCUGGGACAGUUGUGGUUAGAGCUGCUAAAAUUUUACACACUGGAUUUUGCUUUGGAAGAAUAUGUCAUAUGUGUACGGAUACAGGAUAUUUUAACAAGAGAAAACAAAAACUGGCCUAAAAGGCGAAUAGCCAUUGAAGAUCCAUUUUCAGUCAAGAGGAAUGUUGCACGGAGCUUAAACAGCCAGCUUGUUUAUGAAUAUGUUGUGGAGAGAUUCAGGGCAGCUUAUCGGUAUUUUGCCUGUCCUCAGAGGAAGGGUGGAAAUAAAUCUACAGUGGAUUCUAUGAAAAAAGAGAAGGGGAAAAUAAGCAGUAAGAAACCAGUGAAGUCUGACAAUAUGGCAUGCAAUUGUUGCAUUCUACUUGGAGAAAGCACAGAAAAAAUAAAUGCAGAAAGAGGUCAGCCUGAUAAAUAUGAUGAAAUGGAAUGUACAUCACAGAGAUGUAUUACUGAAGAUGACAGUUUGUUGGUAAAUGAACUAGAUUUGGCUGAACUCGAACAGGAAUCUUCCUGUCUUUCUACCAGUGAAGACAGUGAAUUAGAGCCAAAAUCAAAUAAGAAACAAGAUGAUUUAGCACCUUCAGAAACUUGUUUAAAAAAGAAACUCAGCCAAUGUAAUUGCAUUGAUUAUAAAUCCCCUGACCCAGAUGAAUCUGUUGGUACAGACUGCAGGUCAAAUAUAGAAACAGAGAGUUCACAUCAGAUUGUGAGCACUGACACAUCUGCUACCUCUUGCAACUGCAAAGCUACAGAAGAUGCUUCUGACCUUAAUGAUGAUGAUAACCACCCCACCCAGGAAUUAUAUUAUGUGUUUGAUAAAUUUAUUUUAACCUCUGGCAAGCCACCAACGAUAGUAUGCAGCAUCUGCAAAAAAGAUGGCCAUUCAAAAAAUGAUUGUCCAGAGGACUUCAGGAAAAUUGAUCUAAAACCUCUACCACCAAUGACAAAUCGAUUUCGGGAAAUACUUGAUUUAGUAUGUAAAAGAUGUUUUGAUGAGUUAUCACCACCCUUUUCUGAACAACACAACAGGGAGCAAAUUUUAAUUGGCUUGGAAAAGUUUAUUCAAAAAGAAUAUGAUGAAAAGGCAAGAUUGUGCUUAUUUGGCUCUUCUAAGAAUGGAUUUGGAUUUCGUGAUAGUGAUCUGGAUAUUUGUAUGACCCUGGAAGGCCACGAAAAUGCAGAGAAAUUAAACUGUAAAGAAAUAAUUGAAAAUUUGGCAAAAAUUCUUAAGAGACAUCCAGGUUUAAGGAACAUUUUGCCUAUAACUACUGCCAAAGUGCCUAUAGUAAAAUUUGAACAUAGACGAAGUGGUUUAGAAGGUGAUAUCAGUUUAUAUAAUACCUUGGCUCAACAUAACACAAGAAUGCUAGCUACUUAUGCAGCUAUUGAUCCUAGAGUACAGUACUUGGGAUAUACUAUGAAGGUGUUUGCAAAGCGAUGUGACAUUGGAGAUGCUUCUAGGGGAAGUUUAUCUUCAUAUGCUUAUAUCCUUAUGGUGCUGUACUUUCUGCAGCAGAGAAAACCACCUGUUAUCCCAGUUCUACAAGAGUGCUUGAUGAAAUGAGAGACAGUCCAUGGAAUGUUUUCCAUCAUAAUGAGCUCUGAUUGUGGGGGGCUUUGUGAUACAUAUGAACUGAUGAUAUAUGGAUUUUUGCUUCUGGCCUUUUUUGCUUAUCAUAUGGGACCCCAUUGUCCAUUGCUCUGGCAUCAUUUAAGUAUUGGUCAUUGACAUCGAUCAACUUUUAAGGGUAAGGAUAUGUUUAAUGAAGCUGUUGAUCUUUGACUCCAUUUGUAAUUGAACCUAGACUUGAAGUGACUGGGUAUAAGACUGCUAAGUGUACUUUUCAUGGUUAACAAUACAGAGUUCUUUAGGUCAGAAGGAGCUUUCCUAAGCAGAAUAAUUUUGCUGUAUUCUAGAAAAUCGUAAGUAAAAACAAAUUUUCACGUAAAAGUACUAAGAGAGGAUUAGGGAGUGUUAGCUACACUUGAUAUUAUGAACUUCUGUGUUUUCUUAGCUUAUAUUAGCUUAAAAAUUGCAACUGAAUGGAUGAAUCUUGAGGGCAGUAUGCUAAGUGAUAAGUGAAGUAAACCAGUCACUAAAGGCUAAAUAUUAUAUGAUUUCAAUUAUAUAGAGUAGUCAAACUCAUAGAGAUGGAAAGUGGAAUGGUGGUUUUCGGGGGCUAGGAGAGGGAGGAACGGGGAAUUAUUGUUUAAUAGUGUCAGUUUCAUUUUUGCAAAAUGAAAAGAAUUCUGUGGAUG